AACAGCUCCAUCACACAGAGUCUAAAGCCAGGCCAGCAGCCCCAAAACAAGGAACCAUGGUGAAGCGUGUUGCAGUCAUUCUCUCCGGCUGUGGGGUCUAUGAUGGCACAGAGGUCCACGAGGCCUCCGCCGUCCUCGUCCAUCUGAGUCGGGCUGAUGCAAAAGUGCAGAUGUUUGCUCCAAAUGUAGAUCAGAUGCAUGUUGUGAAUCACUGUGAGGGGAAGCCUACGGAGGAGAAAAGAAACGUCCUGCAGGAAAGUGCUCGCAUCGCCAGGGGAGACGUCGCCGAUCUGGCUAAGUUAGAUGUUUCAGCAUUUGAUGCCGUCAUCUUCCCAGGGGGCUUUGGUGUGGCUAAGAACCUGAGCGACUGGGCAGUGAAGAACAAGGACUGCACCAUCCAGCCACAAGUCGAGAAGCUCAUCAAGGCUUUCCACAAAGCCGGAAAGCCGCUGGGCAUGUGCUGCAUCUCUCCCGUCCUCGCUGCCAAAAUCCUGCCCAGCUGCGAGCUCACUGUGGGGCAGGACAAAGAGUGUGAAAUGUGGCCGUACGCUCAGACGGCAGGCGCCGUGAAGGAGCUGGGCUGCAAACACGUCAACACGGAUGUGCUGAAAGCGCACGUUGAUGUCAAAAAUAAGCUGGUCACCACUUGUGCGUUCAUGUGCAACGCUCCCAUUCAUCAGGUUUAUGAUGGAAUAGGAGUCAUGGUUAAAGAGACACUGAAACUAGCUUGAGAGGUCUCCAAUCACACACUGGGUAUUCAUCUGCUUUAAAACAAAUUGUGAUUUCUGUGUAAGUGUGGCGUUUAUAUCAAGUUAUAACACUUAUCUCUCAGCACUCAUCUGAUGUUAUAUCCUCACUGUGUUGUUUUAAGAUUUUCAAUAAAGGUCACACUAC